AUGAAUUUACAUGACAGUGGUUCUCAAGUGUAUUAUAUGCCGGUGGGACUUACGGAAUUACAAAAGGACUUAAUUGAAAUUUUAAUCUGCAUGCAUGCGGAGAGCUUCCUUGAAGAAUAUAGUCCAGAAGCUGUUGAAAGGUUAUUAAAGGGAGGAUAUGAACGGAAUGGGGUUGAUGAGAAAAUGGAGCUGACCAUGGCUGCAUUGACGCCAACGCAAAUGAACAUGCUUUUACUGCAGAAUAUCCGGGCUGUCGCCAAUCAUCCAUGCUUACUUGUUGAUCACUAUAUGCCUAGAAAAUUUCUGUUGAUGGAACCUGGUCAGGAGCUUAUAUCUACAAGCGAUAAGUUUAAAAUCCUGGACCAGUUGGUGGAGUUGAUCUUAUGCAGAGAUAAUCGCGAUAGACCUUUGCAGUUGGCGGUUAUUUCUCAUUCGGUGAAGGAAUUGGACCUAAUAGAGGGAUUUAUGUUGGGGAAAUUAGUGAAACUUAAGCGAUUAUCUGGCACUAGUUUAUUUGAUGAGAAGCAUCAGUAUGCUGUGAAGGUGGGUACACGAACAAACGCAGGCGGGGAUGGUACAAACAACAACUAUAAUACGGUUUACAAGGACAACUCGCCGUCUAGCGUUGAAGGUAAAUUAUCUUCUCGUGCUGGUAUAUCAUCCACUAACGUUGCUGGUUUAAAAGAUGACUAUGAUUACCAACACAGCAAGAAAUUUUCUUUAUUGUCAAAUCUGCGUAACCGCGAUUCCUAUAUUGAGGAUAAGGACUGGUUAUUUUUGGCCACUGCUACACAUUUGACUCACUGUGAGGACUUGUUUGAAAAUUAUGAUCUGGAUAUAAUAAUAAGCUUUGAUCCAAUGCUCAAUGAGAUGCUUCCUUCGGUAUACAAUGUUAGGAAUGGGCCAAAAAGUGUACCGCUAAUCAAACUACUUGUGCAAAAUUCCCCCGAGCAUUUCAUGUUAGCAACACAACAUAAAUUUGAUUAUGGGCAGGAUGAUCUUCAUGAAGCGUUAGCGCACUUUAUAAGACAUAGAAACAAUUACAAAGACUACGAAGGAAUAAGCACAUGUAGGUUGAAGGAGUUUGUGGCUAGCUUGCUCUCCUCGGGGAAUAUUUCAAUGGCGUUGGCAGACACCCAGCUCUCCCAGGAUAAUUGUACAGCUGAUAUCGUUGAGUCUCUGCUACAGAGGUCCAUUUUAAUGAACUUGCAACACACGGAUUACACAUUACCACAACAUCAUGGAGAAUUUGACACCAAAUGUUAUCAAGCGAAGUUGAAGAAAUUAAUAGUAACAAGACUUGAAGCCUGCCAGAGGGAACAUCAGCUCAAACAAUCCCAUAUUUUAGAGAAACGGAUGGAUGAAACAGAAAAGCUAAACGCCUUAGAUGGGGUGAUAUUCGAAGCAGAGAACGCUUAUCGAGCCUUGAAUGAGGACAAAACGCCCCUUACUGAUUCAGAAAAGAGGGUACAAAGGACACAAGAUGAGCUCCAAAGACUUACAGAGAAAUUUGAUAUGUUAAACGCGCGAAAAAAUGAACUCGAAGAGUUACUGUCCUCAAAUAGCUUAGAUAGCAAAAUAGAAGAAAAGAAAGCUAAGCUAAAUUCGCUGCAGUCCCAAUUAAAACCCUUAUAUGAAGAAAACGCUCGCAGGACCAAUAGAAAUGACGCUUUAAGAAUGGACUACCAAAAAAAAUCCUCUGAAGCUGCAAACCUUUCAAUGAUCUUAAAAACUCUGCGAGAAAGGAAAGAAACGCUUGCCAAAGAACUCAAAGGCCCCGCUACACAAUGGAUGGCUCUCUCAGCCACGCAGGAAGAAAGCCGCCUGCACGAAGAGCUGACUCAGCUGAAGCAACAACGCCAAUUCCUUUCUCGAUACGUUGAAAAGAUGAAGACUCAAUACGAGAUCACGGACCUCGAAGAAAUAAGCAGAAUACAAAACAACAAAAACAAUACCACUGUCGGCCGCGUCAGAACAACAAGAGCUACUUCGCCAACAUACACUUAG